AUGAAAGCCAUUCAAGUAACGAAAUACGUCUCCGGACCGCAGGACCUCUUUGUGACAACGCUUCCUACACCCGCCCCCCAUCCCACGAAAUACCUAAUCAAGAUCCGCGCCAGCGGCACAAACUUCUUCGACCUCCUCCAGAUACAGGGUAAAUACCAGCAUCAACCGCCCUUGCCAUGGAUUGCAGGGAUGGAGUUCGCCGGUGUCGUCGUCGCGACGCCCACGACCCUCAGCACGCAGAUGAGCCAUAAAUUCAAAGUCGGGGACAGAGUGUUCGGGGCCACGCACGGGGCAUAUGCAAGUCACAUUCUGGCGUCUGAGGACUCGUUAUUUCCUAUCCCACAUGGGUGGAGCUUCGCCGAUGCCGCUGGUGUGUACGUGACAACUCCUACAGCCUACGGCGCCUUGGUUGUGCGAGCGAAUGUUCAGCCGGGUGAGUGGGUGCUUGUCCAUGCCGGAGCUGGAGGCGUUGGUCUGUCAGCCGUGCAGGUUGCAAAAGCUCUAGGAGCGACAGUCAUUGCCACGGCUGGUUCAGAGCGCAAGAGGCAGGUCUGCUUGGAUUAUGGGGCGGACUACGUGGUGGACUACCGAGAUAAAAACUGGCCGCAGAAAGUCAUUGGGCUGUGUGAGCAGCACCGAACAGGCAAUGGGAAGCAAGGAGUGGACGUAGUAUAUGAUCCAGUUGGCGUGAUUGACCCCUCGAUCAAAUGCAUAGCAUGGAACGGCCGACUCCUCGUUAUUGGAUUUGCCGGGGGCACUAUCGAGAAAGUUGCCAUGAAUCGAGUCCUUCUGAAGAACAUCAGUAUCGUUGGUCUCCACUGGGGCGCAUAUGCCCUGAAAGAGCGGGAAACAAUUCCUAAAGUCUGGGAAGGAAUUUUCGAUCUGAUCAACUCGGGCAAAUUGAGGGGCAUCACCUAUACUGACAAGCACUACAUGGGUUUAGAAUCGGUUCCUCAAGCAUUGAUUGCUUUGGGCGCGCGAGAUACAUGGGGUAAGGUUGUGGUGGAGCUGGGAGAAAACGAGGGGGAGGACGGCAGGAGCAAACUGUGA